UUAGUAUUAGUCUAUGUCUAUGAAAUAUUGAACAAGCCGAAAAAUGGCUGCUGUUAAUUUUGUGCGAAGUGCUUUUAACGGAUUACUACGAAAAUCUACCACAUACAAGUGUGCAGCAAUAUGCAGACUAUCAACAGUAGCCUUGCAGCAAAAAUGUCCCAUUAAACCCAUCACCAACUCUUAUAAUAUCGAACAUACACAGAAUGUGGUGAGCCUGCGUAAACGUCAAUACGCCACCGGGCCCGUACAUAAGAUAACCGAGUCGGAGAUCCAAGAGCGAGUGAUCAAAGUGUGCAAGGCUUACGACAAACUCGUAACAGUUCAGAAUGUGAAAAUCAGUCGUAACUACUGCCACGCGCCUCCGCUUACACUCGAUCUACUCAGACAAAGAGUGAUUCUAGUUCUCCAACUUUAUGACAAAAUUAACCCUGAGAAGUUAUCCCUGGACUCACAUUUCAUGACCGACCUGGGUUUGGAUUCAUUAGACCAUGUAGAGAUCAUCAUGGCAAUGGAAGAUGAGUUUGGUUUUGAAAUCCCUGAUGGUGAUGCAGAAAGACUAGUUAGACCGAGAGACAUCGUACAGUAUGUUGCUGAUAAGGAGGAUAUUUAUGAUUGAACAAACACCUAAUAUAUAAUCACAACUUAUCUUGAACCAAAUGUAUACCUUUAUGUAAUAAUUCCAAAAAAGAGGAUCUAUAUAUCCAACAUACAUAUAUAGCCUUAUAGUACAGAUAUUCUGAUAUGAUGUAACUGAGCUUUUAAGAUCUGUUGAGUUGCCAUAGUUUAAUUCAAUGCUUUUAGUAUAAUAUUGUUAAAAAAUGGCCACUGGAUUGUAAAUCUUUUAUUUAAAAUUAUUUCAUCUCUUUUAAGGUGAUUUCUUUAAUUGAAGCUUAUUUUUUAUUAAUUAAGCUUUAAUUAAUAUGUAUA